AUGCCUGACGAACAUGAUAUCAAAGAUGAACACAAAGAGAGCCAGGAAGAUGGUGGUGAGGAAGAAGAAGAAAUCGCAGCUAUGAAGAGGCGCGUCGCCGAGAUGGAGUCGGAAGCCGCUAAAUUGCGCGAGAUGCAAAGCCACCUUGAACAAUCCUCGGAGAAUACACCUAGGGAAGACCGGGAAGAUGUGGACGCUCGUAGCAUCUUUGUCGGCAACGUAGACUACGGCGCGACUCCCGAAGAGAUCCAAGCACACUUCGCCAGCGGGCCAGGGUCGAUAAACAGAGUCACCAUCCUCCUGGACAAGUUUACCGGUCAUCCAAAGGGGUAUGCAUAUGUGGAAUUCUCAGACCCAGGACUGGUGGCUCAAGCAUUGGUGCUGAAUGAAAGCGUCUUCCGUGGCCGCAAUCUCAAGGUUGUGCCAAAGCGUACAAACCUUCCGGGCAUGACUCGAGGCAGAGGAAGAGGAGGCCCAGCACGUGGUGCUCGAGGCGGCGGAUUUGGCGCACGAGGAGGCUUCGGUGGAGGGUACGGGGGAUUCGCUGGCGGUGGCUAUGGUGCUCCACGUGGUGCCCCUAGAGGCGGCUUCAGAGGGCGUGGCCGUGGAUAUGCCCCGUAUUGA